CCGAGUGAAGAUUGCUUUGAUGGUGAUCACAGCUUUGAGGACAUAGGACUUGCAGCUGGCCGAAGCCAACGAGAAAAGAAGCGGUCUUACAAAGAUUUCUUAAGGGAAGAGGAAGAAGUUGCUGCGCAGGUCAGGAGUUCUUCCAAGAAGAAGUCAAAGGACAGUGAUUUGUUCUUCUUGGGGACGGACACACACAAGAAGAAGAGGAAGCACUCCCCUGAUGAUUACUACUAUGGAGACAUUUCGACUUUGGAAUCAUCACAGAAGAAAAAGAAGAAGUCUAGCCCACAGUCUCCCGACACAGCAAUGGACCUGUUGAAAGCUAUCACCUCACCACUGGCAGCAGGUGCCAAGUCCUCUAAGAAGGCAGGGGAGAAAUCNUCCAGCUCUUCAAGCCAUUCAGAGAGCAGAAAGGAGCACCACAAGAANAAGGGCAAUGGCAGCAGUGGAGAGCUCUCCCUGGAUGACAGCAAUGCCCACAAAUCCAAAAAGAUGAAGCCACUCUAUGUGAACACAGAGACACUGACUCUUCGUGAGCCGGAUGGCUUAAAGAUGAAACUUAUUCUCUCACCAAAGGAGAAGGGAAGCAGCUCAGUGGAAGAGGAGGCUUUUCAGUACCCUGCCCAACAAGCUUCGCUGAAGAAGCCCUCGAAGAAACUAGCUCGGGANGAGCAAGGUGCUUUACUCCUAGGACACGAGCUACAGAGCCUCCUGAAAACGGCCCGGAAGAAGCACAAGUCAUCCUCAGACUCACACUCCUCUCCUGGCCCAGAAGGCUGUGGGUCUGAUGUCUCCCAGCUUCCAGAACCCCANAGUGCCAAUCUCGACAUCACAGGGCUUGACCCAAUUCUAGUAGAGUCCGAAUCGUCCUCAGCUGGGGAGCUGGAGGCCGGGGAGCUGGUGAUAGAUGACUCUUACAGGGAGAUCAAGAAGAAGAAGUCAAAAAAGAGCAAAAAGAAGAAGGACAAAGACAGACACAAGGAGAAGCGGCACUCCCGGACCAAGAGAAGCUCUGCCAGAGAGCAUGGCACUGCUCGGGAGCACGGGCUGAUACCCAGCCCUGCCUCCAGUAUCCCCACCCUGCCACUUCCUGCACUACACACAGACGGACAUGGGGAGAAGAAAAAGAAAAGGGAAGAGAAAGACAGAGAGAGAGAGAGGGGAGAAAAGCCGAAAAAGAAGAACAUGUCUGCCUACCAGGUAUUCUGUAAGGAGUACCGGGUAACCAUUGUGGCUGACCAUCCAGGUAUAGAUUUUGGGGAACUUAGUAAAAAAUUGGCUGAAGUAUGGAAGCAGUUGCCAGAAAAAGACAAACUGAUCUGGAAGCAGAAGGCUCAGUAUCUGCAGCACAAACAGAACAAAGCUGAAGCCACAACUGUGAAGAGAAAAGCAUCCAGUGCAGAAGGUUCCAUGAAAGUCAGAGCCUCUUCUGUAGGAAUACUGUCACCCCAAAAGAAGUCCCCACCCACCACAAUGCUUUUGCCAGCUUCACCAGCCAAAGCUCCUGAAACAGAGCCCAUUGAUGUCGCUGCUCAUCUCCAGUUGCUGGGAGAGUCCCUCAGCCUCAUUGGACACCGCCUACAGGAGACAGAG